GAUCUCCUGCAUCAAAUCAAAAAACCCAAAAAAAAAAAAAGAAAUUAAAUUCAAAUAAAAAUUAUGGAAUUCGUAAUUAGACUGCGGAAACACUACUAUCGUUGUUCUGUUCCAAAUUUCUCCUUUUUCUCUUUAUUUCUUUUUUCCUUCUCAUUAUUAAUUUUCAUUAUUAUUAUUAUAAUUAAUCCAUUGUUCGUAGGUAAUUCCUCGCCCCUUUUCCCUUUCUUGACUACGAAGAUAAUACGUUUUAGAGAGAGAAAAAAAAAGUUUGAAAAGUUGGGAGAUUUCGUGUUCGGAACUCUAGAUUCUUCUCAAGUUUCAGGCUUUUGGGAUUUCUUGAUCUUCCUUCGUCAAUGGAGGAACCUGGGUCGGAGGGAGAGAAUAAUCAGAGCGAGGGGAAUAAUAAUAAUAAUAAUAAUAAUAAUAAUAAUAAUCAGAAUACCGGGAAGAGUAUGAACAAUUCCGGCGAAGGAAGCGUCAAGCCUAAGCGCCAGAUGAAAACUCCGUUUCAACUGGAAGCCCUCGAGAAAGCCUAUGCCGUGGAGACGUAUCCGUCGGAGGCGACGAGGGCGGAGUUGUCGGAGAGGUUGGGGUUAUCGGAUCGGCAAUUGCAGAUGUGGUUUUGCCACAGGAGACUAAAAGAAAAGAAGGAGACUCCUGCAAAAAGACCGCGAAAAGGUGCUGUCUUGCCGCCAGAGUCACCGGUGGAUAAUUUGCGGGGUGGCCCAGAGCCAGAUUACGGGUCCGGGUCGGGUUCCGGGUCUAGCCCGUAUAUGGAGUCGAGGAAGUUGGGGGCAUCUUCACAGGCCAUGAUUGAUGAUGUUCUGGUAGGAAGGAGGCACUACGAGCCUCAGCAGUCAGUAAUGGAGUUGAGUGCAAUUGCCUGUGUGGAGGCACAGUUGGGGGAGCCAUUGAGGGAGGACGGGCCCAUUCUUGGCAUGGAGUUUGAUCCACUGCCCCCUGAUGCUUUUGGGGCACCCAUAGCAGCAACGCCGGAACCACAGAAGAGAGCUGGACAUCCUUAUGAGAGCAAAAUAUAUGACCGAUACGAUGCCAGAUCAACCAAAGCAUCUGCAAGGGCUUUCCUUGAGUAUCAGAUCCUCCAAGAUCAACCUGUUCUUAGAUCUGAUACGUAUGGACAAGGUGCCCAAUCUCAUUUCCAUGAUAUUCCAGUUGAUGGUCCAAGGGUUAGAGCUGCAUCAUCCGUACAUGGAGAUGAACUAUUGUCCAGGGGUCAUGGUAGCCGAGGGCAUGGAUCACGAGUGCAUGGUUUAUCUCAACAAGACAAGGCAGGACUUGUUUCUUCAUCUUCCCAAGUUGCUGAUGACUCUUUUCCAGAAAGGGAGUCCUUUACAAACAAUAGAGUAAAUGCUCAGGCAAUUGGGCUCCCAGUUUUAGAAUCAGAAGAUUCACAUAUAUUUUCCAAUGGACAGCCCUCAGGUACUGAUGCUGAUCUAAGGAUGGAGAAGAGAAGCAAGAGUGAUGAAGGUCGAAUUGCAAGGGGAGUCGAAGCACAGGAGAACCGUAUUCGUAAAGAGCUUGAGAAACUUGAAUACCGGAGGAGAAAGAGUGAAGAACGAAUGAGGAAAGAAAUGGAAAGACAUGAGCGUGAACGGCGGAAGGAAGAAGAGAGGAUGCUGCGUGAAAAACAACGAGAAGAAGAGAGAUCUCAAAGAGAGCAAAAACGGGAAAUUGAAAGAAGGGAAAAGUUUUUGCAGAAAGAAUUUUUAAAAGCUGAGAAAAUGAGACAAAAAGAGGAGCUUCGAAGAGAGAAAGAAGCAGAAAAACGAAGAAUUGCAAUGGAGAAGGCAACUGCACGUAAAAUUGCUAAAGAAUCAAUGGAUCUUAUUGAAGAUGAGCAACUGGAACUCAUGGAAUUGGCUGCUGCAAGCAAGGGGUUGCCUUCAAUAAUACAGCUUGACCAUGAUACUGUGGAAAAUCUUGAUUCAUUCAGAGAUUCUUUGAGCUCAUUCCCACCCAAGUCAGUGCAAUUGAAGAGGCCAUUUUCCAUCCAACCAUGGAGUGAUUCAGAGGAGAAUGUUGGGAAUCUUCUCAUGGUCUGGAGAUUUUUUAUUACUUUUGCUGAUGUUCUUGGACUGUGGCCUUUUACACUUGAUGAAUUUGUCCAAGCUUUUCAUGAUUAUGAUUCAAGGUUAUUGGGUGAGAUACAUGUUGCUCUUUUGAAAUCAAUAAUAAAAGACAUUGAAGAUGUUGCAAGAACACCUUCAACUGUAUCAGGGAUGAACCAAUACUGUGUUGCUAAUCCUGAAGGAGGACAUCCUCAGAUUGUGGAAGGGGCGUAUGCUUGGGGCUUUGACAUACGCAAUUGGCAACGGCACUUGAAUCCACUAACUUGGCCUGAAAUAUUUCGGCAGUUAGCUAUGUCUGCAGGAUUUGGACCAAAGUUGAGGAAAAGAAGUGUCAAAUUGACAUAUUUGGGUGAAAACAAUGAGGGCCAGGGUUGUAAAGACAUAAUUUCUACCCUACGCAAUGGUUCGGCAGCAGAAAAUGCAUUUGCAUUGAUGCGAGAGAAAGGUUUGCUAGCUCCAAAAAGAUCCAGGCACAGGUUGACUCCUGGAACUGUCAAAUUUGCAGCUUUUCAUGUCCUAUCACUUGAGGGAAGCAAAGGACUAACAGUUUUAGAACUUGCUGAUAAGAUUCAGAAAUCUGGACUUCGGGACCUCACAACUAGCAGGACACCAGAGGCUUCUAUUUCAGUUGCUUUGACAAGGGAUACUAAACUUUUUGAAAGAAUAGCUCCAUCAACAUAUUGUGUACGCCCUGCUUAUAGAAAAGAUCCUGCUGAUGCUGAGGCCAUACUUACAGAAGCAAGGAAAAAAAUUCGGAUCUUUGAAAAUGGAUUUUUAGGCAGGGAAGAUACUGAUGAAGUUGAAAGAGAUGAGGUGGAAAGAGAUGAAGUGGAAAGAGAUGAGGACUCAGAAUGUGAUGUGGAUGAGGAUCCUGAAGUUGAUGAUAUAGCUACUCCUUCAAAUGCAAUCAAGAACAUGGACUAUCAUAAGGACAAAGUGAAUGCUUCCUUAGGAAGUGGAAGUGAUCACAUCUCAACUGGCACUACACCAAAUUUGCAAAUUGAGAUUGACAAAGAUUGUUCAUCAUUUCCUCCAGCUAGUGCCAAGGAUUCAAAUGGUUCAUGUGGCACCAGGCAAUAUGUUGCUGGUGAAGAUGCUGUUGCAGGAAGACUUGAUCAACAAAAUGUUGAAAUUGAUGAAAGCAAGUCAGGUGAGUCAUGGAUUCAAGGUCUUUCCGAGGGUGAGUAUUCACAUCUCAGUGUUGAGGAGCGUCUUAGUGCCCUUGUUGCUUUGAUUGGUAUUGCAAAUGAAGGGAACUCAAUACGUGCUGUGCUUGAGGAUCGUUUAGAAGCAGCAAAUGCUCUUAAAAAGCAAAUGUUGGCCGAGGCUCAACUCGAUAAAGGGCGCCUGAAGGAAGAGAAUGUUACCAAACUAGAUUUUCCGCCUCUUUUGGGAAGCAGAAAUGAGGCACAAAAUUCUGCUAUUGAGGGUAACCAAAGCCCAUUGCAUCUUGCUGAUUAUAAAAACAAUGAGGCAUCUCCUAGCAUUCCUGAAGAUCAAAAACGGUUGGUUUGUUCACAGACUUUUCCUAAUGACCAGAACAAUUAUAAUUCUGAAAGGACUCCAUUAAGUCAAGAGCACUCAAAAAGGUCACGGUCACAAUUGAAAUCUUACAUUGCCCACAGAGCUGAAGAGAUGUAUGUGUACAGGUCCUUGCCACUUGGCCAAGAUCGUCGACGUAACAGAUACUGGCAAUUUGUUACGUCUCUUUCCAAAAAUGAUCCUUGUUCUGGUCGGAUCUUUGUUGAAUUACAAGAUGGGACUUGGAGGUUGAUUGACACUGAAGAGGCCUUCGAUGUCCUUUUGACAUCUCUGGAUGCACGUGGGAUCAGGGAAUCCCAUUUGCGUAUCAUGUUGCAAAAGAUUGAGAACUUCUUCAAGGAAAAUGUUCAAAAGAACUCGCAAUGUGUCAGCACUUUGUAUAAAAGUAGAACUACUGCUGAUAAUGAUUCAUCUGAAUUGGAUUCUAGUGCCGACUGUCCAGCUAAUUUUGAUAGUCCCAGUAGUGCAGUUUGUGGUUUGAAUUCUGAAGCAUCAGAGAUGUUACCUUCUUUCAGAAUUGAGCUUGGGAGGAAUGGAACAGAGAGGAAGUCAGCUUUGAAACGGUAUCAAGAUUUUCAGAGUUGGAUGUGGAAAGAAUGCAAUAAGUCAUCAACAUUGUCUGCCAUGAAACAUGAGAAGAGGAAUUGCAUACAGCUGUUAGCUAAUUGUGAUACGUGUCUUGACACCUAUCUCUGUGAAGAAAUCCACUGCCUGUAUUGCCACCAGACAUUUAGUACAGUUGAUAAGAAUUUUAAUUUUUUGGAACAUGAGAUUCAGUGCAAAGAGAGCAGGAAGUUAGACACAAAGGACUCACAAAUUUUUAAUUCUUCUCUUCCCUUAGGAAUCAGACUGCUCAAAGCCUUGUGUGCUCUAAUUGAGGCAUCUAUUCCUGCAGAAGCCCUUGAAUCAUUUUGGACUGAAGACCAUCGAAAGACUUGGGCAAUAAGGCUGAAUGUGUCUUCAUCUGCUGAAGAACUCCUACAGACAUUGACACAGUUCGAGCAUGCUGUUAAGCGAGACUAUUUGUCUUCUAACUUUGAGACAACGGAAGAAUUGUUGAGUCUGAAUACUCUUUCAGGGAGCGGUUAUGCCAAUCCUCAAUCAGUUCCUGUACUUCCUUGGAUACCUCAAACCACUGCAGCAGUAGCUUUGAGGCUUUUGGAUCUUGAUGCAUCCAUCAUGUAUGUAAAGCAGGAAAAAGUUGAACCUAAUCAGAACAAGGAAACUAGGACUUAUAUUAAGCUUCCUUCAAGAUCCUCUCUUACCAUCAGGAGUAAAGAGCUUGAACUGAAGGAACUGGACCAAGAUGUUCCUAUGAAAGAAGAGAACUUCAAUAGCCUGAGCAGCAAGCGGAACAGCCAUAAGCGUGGAAGAGGAGUUCGUGGACAAGGAUCUGCUAGAAAGUUGCGGAGAAGAGUUCCUGUUCCUAAAUAUACUACUGUCAGGCAAAGUGCCCAGGAGAGCAAUAAUUUAAGUCUCAGGCUGAGACAGCAGGGACAAAGAACAAAUGGUCAGGGUUCUGGACGAGGACGCCGGACAGUUAGAAAGAGAACAGAAAGGAAAACUGUUGACAGUACGCUGGUGAGCCAAAUGGCUGACAUAGUUGAACCUAGGACCCAUAUAGGGUCCCCAACAAACUUGAAUGAAGAAUGGGGUGAUGAGAAUGUUAGGAUGAUGCACAUGGCAGGUGCUGUUGAUAGUAACAGUACAGAAGCAGAAUCUGAUGACAAUGGCAAUGAUGAAGGAGGUUACGAGCAAGGAAACUGGGACGUAGGUUUUGGUGGUGCCUCUACUCAGUGGAAUGGAGAUCCUAUGGAACUCAGUGAUGAAGAUGAUGCUUCUGGAGAUAAUGGCAUUGAACAACUGGGAGAUGAGAUUUCAGAUGCAGAUCUCUAUAUGAGUGAGGGAUCAGAUGGAGUAGCCAAUAAAAUUGGAAAUUAUGAAGGCUCUGAAUCUGAAGUUUCAGAAGAUUUUAGUGAUUGAUAUUGACAUGUUCCAGAGAAUACCUUUGCAUGAGCUGCACUGUAUUUUAAAGUUGCAGCUUUACAAUUGACAAGUCGCUCAUUUGCAGGGAAGGAGGCAAUUUUCCCUGUUGCGAAGUCCGAAGGAAGGGAGAGGUAGGCCAACUGGCCAAGCACUCAAAUGUGAAAAUCAGAUAAAUUUCAAUUUUUUGAGCCUUAAGUGGAAUUAGAAAGUGAAUUAGUAGAGAUGUACAAUGUAACAAUACAUUUUUAUCAUAAGUGGCCGAGAAUGAGGGCAUCUCUUUAUCAGGCAUCAUUUUUUUUUAACCAUGUUUCAUUAUACAACAGAUAUUUAUUUUAAAUAGAGGAUCUGUAGUCUAUGUUUUUCUUGAGAUUUAGCUGAAAUGAAGUAUUUCUUGCUUC